CAUUCGUUCAUUGUCACGGUCGGGCCUCACGUAACACAGACACGCAGAAUUCGCCCAGUCUCGUAGCAAACACCGCGUCGUUCGCACGCACGUUAGUUAGCUCUUUAAUUAUUUAACAUAAACAACAGUUUACUUAACUACAACUGUGUCUAGUUAGUGGAAAACGUGUUUGAUGUGUGUGACGUAAUUUCUGCAGCGUUUAAACUGUUAUUUUUGUCAGAAAUAGCACGCGUUCCAAGAUGAAUAAAUUCACCUUAGUUCUUGGGUUCCUGCUGCUUAUAGCGGUUGUUAACGCACGGCAUUAUGGCGACAGAAGAGACUCUGGAAGUUCUGGAGAUGAUGACGAACAAAGCGACUUCAAGAAAGAAAGAGAUUACCCGACCCUAAACAGACACCGUAGGAGGAGAUGGCAACUAAAUUAUGGAUAUGAUUAUCAACCUCCCCGACAUUAUACCGAGAGAAGAGACUACUAUCAAAACCAACAGGAUCUGAUCCCUCAGAUAUUUAGAUUGCUUGACGAGCUCGCUGUUGAGGUAAGGAGGCAGCCACCACCGCCCCCACCACCGCAGCCAAUUUACAUUCCAUACCCCGUGCCCUAUUACGUGCCUCAAUACGUUCCGUGUAAUGUCAACCAGACAAAGAAGCCGGACAUUAAACAAAGAUUCCCCGAUAUGGAAGACACGAACCAAAAUUGGGGAUUCGCAACGUCGAACGAAAGCGACUACGAUGAUGGAUUGGACGGUAAAAGACCGAUCUCAUUCGAUAAGAUUAGGCCAAAGGGUGUUAUUAAAAGACCCGCACCUCCAGUCGAACAUGGAUCCAGUCAAAACGAAGCAUCUACUAAGGCCCCAAAAAUCAACGACCAAGCUGCGAUCACUAUGCCGAGCAUGUGCCAAGCGGCAGCUCUAUCUUGCUGCGGUUUCUCUGACGACAAAUCCCAGCAAAAACAAUGCUUCACUAACGUAGGAUGCGCAAUGACAUAUGCUAAUGGAAAAGCAUGUACUCUCGACGCCAUAACCGAAGCACUGAAUGUAUUCCAAAACGCAUACGCUCCCGUGAAUUGAGCGCACGAUUAUUUCAAAUCAGUACUCAGUAUUACGUGUUUUAUUUUUUUAUUAUAUUCGCCGUCUCUUCAAUACUAGUCUUAUGUGUUAAUAAGUAAUAUGAGCCAUCUUAUUUGAUAUUACAAGUUUUCUUAUUUAGCUAUCGUUAAAAUUUAACAAUGCAAUAUUGAAUUUGUUUCGUUGUCGGCUUGAAGGAUAAAUCGGUUGCAUGAUCAAUCAAUGUGGUUGAUGUUCGAGAUAGGUAACGAUAUGAUCCCGGGCGAAGAUCAAAGCGCCUAAGUACAUUCACGUCAGAUCUGAAUUUUGGAUUUCCUUUCUUGAAUCACAGAAUCCUCGUUCGUAACGAUUUUAUUUAGAAUAAGCCUGUUAACUUGGAGUUGAUUUGAAUUUCGUCUACCUGUGCUAUUGUAGUUUAAAGUAUCUUGUUUAAAUAUUCACUUUAGACUUUAAUGCCAUAUGUUAAUGUCUGUUUUAGCUGUUCCAUUUCAUACUUUAUUAUUCGGAUGGCGAACGGCAUUAUAAAUCACACGAACUUAUUUAUGUGUCAAGAAAUAAGUUGAUGACACAUCCUAAAAGAUUUAUAAUGUAAACUAUAAACUUCUUUAAAUAUUAUCUUAUUAAUGUAUAGUUUGAAUGCGCUUACACUUCAUCUGUUUACACGAACACAAAAGCCGUUUUAAUACACAUGGAAAAUAUUGAGUGUGUCGCUUCGUAGGUAAGCCUGAAUUUAAAUUAAAUCAUAUUGAAAGGAAUCCUUCGCCAUAUUAUAUGCGUUGUAAAUAAUGAAGGCAGCAAAAAAAAUCAUUUAUAGAACAUAAAAGUAGGACUAUAAUGCAAACAUUGUCACGCAAAUUAUCGUAACUGUAAUAACUUAAAAUAUUGCAGUGUUUUGCGAAUAAGAAACUACAUGCUUAUAAUGUGCUGUGCUAAUAUUUCUUGAUUAUUGGCAUAGUUUUCGUAUUAAAACACAAGUCGUUUCAUCAGCAUUUAUGUUUGUAACGCUACUACCAAAAUUUGGAGCGAUUUCCUAGUCUGUAAUAAUUUUAAUAUAGUCUUUAAGAAAUAAAGCUAGCGUUGUUAACAUUAA